GCCAUUUAAUUAAAAAAAAAGAAACAGUCGGCCACGCUUGCCACAAAAAUCAUUCCGGGGGAUUAAUCACAUAUUUCCCCCAUUUAUUUUAUUCAAAUAUUGCUGUUUUUUACGUUAUACAUAAUCAUUCACGUUGCAAUUCAAAAUUAAACAUGGCUGAUUUGGACGACUUCUUCGCGAAAAAAGAUCGCAAAAAGUCAAAGUCGGUCAAAAAGUUUGCGACGGCUGAUGAACUUGCGAAAAAAUUGGAUGACACCAAACAGAAAACGGAUGUGAGACCUAAGAAGGAACGACCGGCACAAGAAGGCGAAGAGACUGGACGAGGACCGGAAGAGGAAGAAUGGAAGGAGUACGAGGAGCCAGUGAAGGAUUACACAGGUCUCAAGAUCCAGGUGCUGCAGGGCAGCGCAGGAGUGCAAGAGUCGGGACGGGAUUCCUCCACGGAAGACUCCAUGCCUGACAAUCCUAAGAACAAGGGACCGUGGAACAAACCUGUGGAAGCGGAACAAGCGCCGGCGGCCGGGCCUCCGCCCCCGCCGGAGGAGGAGAAGCCGCGUGCCCCCGCCGCCUACGUGCCGCCCGUCGCGCGCAAUCGCCCCUGUGACGGGCCCGUGCGCCGGACACAGAACAAGAACCCGCUGGACAUCCACAACGAGGACUACUUCCCGGUGCUGGGCGCGGGCGGCAAGCGCGGCGGCGGCUGGAGCACGGCCGGCGCGGCGGGCGGCGCCGCGCAGCGCCCGCCCGCGCACGCGCAGCCGCUCGCGCUCGGCAACCGCUUCACCUCGCUGCAGGACGACAGCUAGCCAGGUCACAGAAGGCAGUUCCGCAAAGAUAAAUAUUAAAGUGAAGUGUCAUUAUGGACUUUAAGCAAGCCUGGCAUAGCGAUUCCCACAUUAUACAUAUAACAUACGAACUGCGCACUUCCAGUCCUUCUCAAAUCUAACUGUUAAAUAUAUAUCUUUGACGGUUGCUAACCAUAUUUCCACCGUGCGACAGUUUUUUCACAGCAUUUAAAAAAAUACGCGGAAAUCAGUGUGGGCUACGCCUUUUUGCUCAUAUAUUAUCUGUGCAUAAAUCGGCCAGUACCUAUGUUCCAGUCAUAGACAAUAAAUAUUCCAUAUUCAGUGUUGCUAGCUAAAAUAUUAAUAAAACGGCGGCUGUCUAAAAAAAUCGAAAAACCCGAAAACGGAAGUGUGCCUUUAAGUUUGUUACUUUUUUAUGUUUAUAUUUAAAAAGUAAUUAAUACAGUGUCAUGAUUGUUGGCGUGGAUGAGGGAAUUUCGAUGAAUUAUAAAAUGGCGGAUUUUUAGUGUUGAAGCGUGGGUCGACUGCGCGAAAAUUGUUUAAUAGUAAGAUUGAAAAUCCGAUAUAUUAUGAAAUAGUUUGGUUGGCUACCUCUGUAUGUUGAACAGUAAAAAUGUUUAUAAACUUGUCGGCAAAUCAUUCAGAACAUGUACCAUAGAAAUAAAUUAUGUAUUUAAU